AAUGCGUUGGAGAUGAACCCUUUUUUCAAGCUCGCAGGGCUAACAAUGGAAAUAAGGGAACUAGCAACGGCGAAUCCAGAAGCGCUAAAAGGCGCGGGAGUUUAUGCCAUUUACGCCCCAAAACCUGAGGAAGAAGAUGACCCCGAGAAGAAAGCGGCUGCUCAAGGUGUUCUGGAUAUAGCUAUGGGCAUAGACAGCCCUGCAGCUGACCUUCAACGAAAGAACGAGAAGGAAGCGGAGAGCGAACUACAUGCAUUGAUGAGCCCCCAGAACCAAGAGGAUCUAGAAAGGACAAUGUCACCACAGGAAAGGAUGAACUAUGACCGACAAAGGAUUGCGCAACUCAGACAUGAAAUAAGAACCCAACGAAAAACCGUCGAGAGGGCCAGGGCGCUUAUAGCGUAA